AAGACAACACAAUACUUGGGGGAACUCACCGUAUGAAGGAAGGAAGGAAGGAAGAAGGAAGGAAGGAAGAGCAGGGAGGUGAAACGUGCCUGUGACCUAGAGAUUAUAACAUGCCUAUGCACCCAGUGACUGCCACCUUGAUGUACAGAGGGAUAUACACCAUCCCUGACAUCCUCACCAACCGAGAUCCCAUAGAUAUUCCUGAGGAUGAACUGGAAGAGAUCCGCAAGGCUUUCAAAGUCUUUGACCGUGAUGGAAAUGGGUUUAUCUCCAAGCAGGAGCUGGGCAUGGCAAUGCGAUCGCUGGGCUACAUGCCCAAUGAGGUGGAGCUGGAGGUGAUCAUUCAAAGGCUGGAUAUGGACGGUGAUGGGCAGGUAGACUUUGAGGAGUUUGUGUCAUUACUGGGACCCAGACUUUCAUCAGCCGCCAUUCCAGAAAAGUUCCACGGGACUGAAUUCGAUAACGUGUUCUGGAAGUGUGAUAUGCAGAGAAUGACAGUGGAGGAGCUGAAACGACUCCUGUACGAGGCGUUCUGUGAGCACUUGUCGAUGAAGGACAUUGAGAACAUCAUCAUGACCGAAGAGGAAGGCCAUGUGGAUAAUCCAGAUGAAUGUCCCGUCGACAUCGACACGUGUUCAACGCAGCAAAUCAAACAGACGUGCUUGAGGAAGAGCCUGAUCUGUGCUUUCGCCAUAGCGUUUAUCAUCAGCGUGAUGCUCAUAGCCGCGAAUCAAGUGCUGAGAAGCGGAAUGAAAUAGAACCCCCCACCCCCUCACCCACUCCACAUCGACCUCAACACA